AUGAGGAUGUACUCACCACGGAGUUUCUGUAGCACUCCAGCACCAUUGCGGCGACGACAUUUGAGUUCAACCACCGAGCUCCCUGAGUUGCAGUGGCGUCAGUUCUUGACGCUCAAAGGUCCACCACUUCUCUUGGUGGCGGUGUUGCUGCCUUUGUGUAUGAGAACCUUUGGCUUGGAACCACAGGCACGUUGUGCCCUGAUCAUGGUGGGUGUGCUCACAUUGAGCUUAUUUGAGGUGAUGCCGCUCUUUUGCGUGGCACUGUUCAUCCCGGUGAUGGGGAGCGUCUCUGCAGUCUUUGGAGAAGCCCGGACGAUGAUGACAACCUCCACGAUUCUCUUGGGGAGCUUCUUCAACCAGACCUCCUUCCUGGUGCUGGGAAGCUUGGUGAUCAAUGCCGUCUUCGCCAAGUGUGGCAUCUUAGACCUCUUGACGUCCACGUUGCUGAGACGGUGGAAGCUGCAGAGCAAGAGCUUCCUGUUGGUCAUCAUGCUGUGCACCAUGGCAGCGUGUUCUGUGUUGUGCUCUGGCUCUAUUGUGGUGCUCGCGGCCUUGAAGCCACUCAUGCGUCAAGGCCUGGAGGAAAGCUGUAUCAAACGACUGCUUUUGGGCGUGGCUUUUGCUGCGAAUGCGGGAUCGGUUUUGUUGCCCAUCUCGAGCACCACGACCCUCAUCACUUUGAGCUUAUUGAGGGAUUUCGACCAUCGACUCUCCCUAUGGAGCUGGAUAUUCGUCUCUGGACCUGUGGCACUGUUGAGCACCAUCAUUUGCUGGUGGAGCUUAGUGAGUCUCUUCCCUGCAGAGGAGGAUGCUGAUGAGGAGGUGCUUCGGAGCGUGGAAGAAGGUUUCGAAGAGACCGAGAGGCCACAGCUUCUGAGACAGUGGAGCAUGUCACAUGCGUCGGAGCUAGUGAUGACAGAUGGCCAUUGGAUCAUGCUGUGCUUGACCUGCCUGGCAGUGCUUGGGAUGACUGUCUUUGCGGAGACCCUGGAGCCCGUUCUGGGACAUCCGGCCAUCGUGGCACUGGCAGUGGUGGUGAUUGCUUUCGGAAGUGGCUUCAUGUCGCGCGAUGAGUUCUUGACUUUGGAGUGGGACUUGUUGGCCAUUGUCGGUGGCACCAAUGUCAUGGCACUGAUGGUGCGAGAGACAGCGCUGGCAGCACACGCAUCAGUCCUCUUGACGCAAAGCACGUUCUUCGAAUACUUGCCAUUUUGGCCUUUGUUGGUUCUGGUGAUUUCUUUCCUAUUGCCGUUUGGUACCUUCUGCGGACAUUCCUUGACUGCCGUGCUGAUCUUGCCAUUGCUGGUGCCUCUGGGAGUGAAGCUGGAAGAGGCAAACUUCUUUGCUUUGCUAUGUUGCAUUGCGAUCCCUUUUGGCAUGGGUAUGCCAAACGCAUCCUUCGACAACAUGGCAGCACAGAUGCUCUCCCAGACAUUGAAGCGGAAACGCUGCGAGUUGACUCUGCGAGACUUCUUCUUUAGUGGCAGUUUGAUGGCCCUGACGGGGGGACUGCUGACGGUGACCCUGGGCUUUGGUGUGGGCUCCCUGCAGUAUGGUGUGCCCAGAAUGCCAAAGGACGUGUUGAAGGGUCGAACCCCAGAGGAGUUGGAACCCAAGGUGGUGAAGGAGAACCGGGUGCUGGACCUUGUGCAGGCAGCUGGGGCGCCUGAACGCAUUCGGAGCCCAGCGAAAGUCCCGGAUCAAAGCAUCGCAGUGAGGACAAAAGGCUGCCGCAGCUGGUGUGGAGCAUCAGGUCUCAAUGUCUUGCUGGCACUCCGAGAUUCAGACACCCACAGAUUGCUGGCCACCAUCCCGAACCUCGACGACCAGGAAGCUGGCGGCAUUGCAACAGAGGAUGCCGUGGACGUCCUGAAGAGCAAGGAGACCCAGCCUCCGAGCCCUCCGCCUGACAAACCACUGGAACCCAGCCUUCCGAGCCAACCCAGCAAACCCAGCGAACUGAGCAAAACGACGGACGCCAACGAGCUUGAGCUUGAAACGCUAGAUCGUCUUGAGAGCCAGGAGGAUCAUGACAAGAGCACACCAACAUCACCACCGACUCCAGUAAAAGGGCCAGAGGAGCAAGACAAUGACAAGGACAUUGACGAGAUGGAGGAAAAACCACCAACACCACCGACUCCAGUAAAAGGGCCAGAGGAGCAAGACAAGGCGAGCAAGACACAGGCAGAAAGAGAAUCAGAAGAUCAACUGUCGGAAGAACCCAUUGACGAGGACAUUGACGAGAUGGAGGAAAAACCACCAACACCACCGACUCCAGUAAAAGGGCCAGAGGAGCAAGACAAGGCGAGCAAGACACAGGCAGAAAGAGAAUCAGAAGAUCAACUGUCGGAAGAACCCAUCGACGAGGACAUUGACGAGAUUGAGGACAAACCACCAACACCACCGACUCCAGUAAAAGGGCCAGAGGAGGAAGACAAGGUUGACAGGUCCGAGCAAGAAGCUGUGUUGGAAGAUAAGCACUUGGAAGAAACAAUUCAUGGUGAGGAGGUGGUGGAGACACCGAAGCCUCCAGAGAAUGUGCCCGAGGAGGCCAAACCACCCAAGAAGGACAAGUUCAACCUCUUCGGUGAGGUCUACAUGCCGGAGACGAACGCACAGAAUCCUUACAGUAAUGCCAACUUGCGGAUGCCUGAUGAGAUGCAAUUCAACCUCUUCGGGGACCACUCACCACACCCGCCUACCCAAGACAGUACCCCGCAGGACAAAGAAGAUACAGAAAAAGCCACUGCCUUCAAGAUGCUGGAUCAACAAACUCCUCCUGAUGAAGUUGAGAAGGACUCAAAGGCCCCACUCUACACCGAUGCGGCGAUGUCUGCCGAGAAGGCACAGCAGUUGGCAAAGGUGGCAGAAGAGAAGGCUGUGAAGGAGGCCGCACAAGCACAAAAAUUAGAAGGUGCAGCCAAGGCAGCUGAGGAAGCUGCUGAAGAAGCCUUGGAAAGAGCGAAAAAGGCCAAGCAGAUCGAGGAGAAGGAACUCAGUGAGCUGAGGAAUACCGAGGAAGAUGCUGCAGAAGCAGUGCACCAGGCAAAGGUUGCGCAGCAAUUAGAAAGUGAGGCCAUACAACACAUCCAGGAUGGCACAGAGGUUGCCAAAGAUUAACCCGUCUCCGAAAAUGAGGAAUACAAAUUUCGGCGUUUCACUCUAGUAGACAUGUAGAUGACAGUAGC